UAUGAAGUUAGAGUAAUUUGAUAAGCCUGCUAUAUUUCCUAUCGAAAAAUGUGUAUUCAAUAAUUACUUUUUGGAAGUAUUGUUUUACCUUAUCGUUUGAUACAGUUUGAUUUUGAGGCAGAUACUCAAACGUUUCAUAAGUUACUGUUGCUCCCUAGAAUGAAGAAAGAAAAGAAAGACUUGCUGUAUGGAAUACUUGUGGUCGUAGGUGCAUUUUGUCUUCACUUCAGUUGUGGACAUUUCUAUACUGUUUCAAACAUGGCAACAUACAUAAUGUCAUACAUAGCAGCAAGAGUUGAUAAUAACAUCAGUGACAGCUCAGCUGUAUGGUUAUCUGCACUUGGUCUUGGAUGUCAGGGUCUGGCUAUGCCAAUAGGUGGGUUUAUGGGAAGGAAAUUCGGACCUAAAUCAACAAUGAUUGCGACGUUGAUUCUCGGGAGUGGGAGCAUUCUGUUAACAUAUAUUGUUGUACAGAAAACGUUUAUUGGUGUAGUUUUUACUGUUGGGAUAAUGUUUGGACUUUCGAUGGGGAUCGGUUAUUCCGUCGCAAUAGCUUGUGCAGUCUCUUGGUUUCCUGGAAGAAGAGGAUUAAUUGUUGGUAUAAUUGUUGGAGGGUUUGGAUUGGGCUCCCUAAUUUUCACACCAAUUCAAACUGCAUAUAUCAACCCAUCUAACUUAAAGGUGGAUAGUCAGACAAGGCGUUUCACUGAUCCAGAGCUUCUUGAUAGAGUCCCAAAUGUUUUCUUGGUAAUGGGUUCAAUAUUAGCAGCAUUGCAGUUAGUGGCAUGCAUACUUGUCCGCAUGAAACCAAUCUCAAAAGAAGAACAUGAGGACGGAAAUGAAGAAGAAGAAGAAGAAGGAUUAGAACGUGCAAGAAUUCAAACUAGUCCAUCUACAGAUUCAAAAAAGAAGGAACUAGUAAAUGGUGAUUCAAAAUUAAAUCGUAACACUGUGGUGGAAGUAAACGUUAAAUCUGGAAAGCUAUUACGUCAUAUUGACUACUAUCUUUUAUUUUUUAUGAUGCUUCUUAACUGUUUUCCAAUAUCUGUUCUUACAAGUUCAUUAAAGAUCUUUGGACAAACGCAUAUAAGUGACGAUAGGUUUUUGUCAACUAUAACAGCUGUUACUUCUCUUUUCAACUGUGGUGGACGUGUAGUCUGGGGUGCUGUCGUGGAUCGUUUUUCUUUCAAGAUACCAAUCUGCAUACAACUGUGUGUAUGGAGUGUGUUAUUAUUUACGUUUCCUGUUAUUGCAUAUGUAACGGGAGUCGCAUUGAAAGUCUUAUAUGUUAUAUGGGCAUGUGCCUUAUUUUUCUUCUUGUCUGGUGUUUUUUCCAUGAUGCCAGCUGCAACAGGGACUAUAUUUGGUCCAGUAAAUUUAGCUGUCAACUAUGGAAUGGUUUAUCUCGGAUUUGUAAGUUUAAUUAAUCAAUAGUUAGCCUAUUUAAUAAUCAUUAAGUUAAAAUAUCACACCUUUUGUUUUUAAUUCUUUGUAAAGACAUUUCAUCAUUUUGGUCAACCUCGAACUGUAAAACUAAACAGUAAUACUAUUAAGUUUUGCCGAUACAUGAUAGCAUAACAUUUUUGUGGAUAUGUAUUACCUACAACAGUGUGUGUGUUAACAAUGUAAAGUGAUUUUACAAAAAAAGUGAAUAACAUUGGUCAUGUAUCUAAUAAACUGCACUGGGUAUUAUUAAAUUGCUAACCAAACACAAAGUUGAGAACGCCCCAGAUAAACGUUUAAAUACAUUAAUAGAAAGUCUUUCUAAGACUUAUGACUAGUGCAUUGACUCCAAACUUAAAUGUGGUUAUCGAGACAUUAUUUUGAGGUAAAAUAAUUUGUAAGAAGCGACUGAGAUAUAACGAGUGAAUUUAUGCAAUUGAUGACAACAUAUUUUAUUAUUCAAAUUGUCAUUAUACACAUUACCUAUUAAAAACCUAAGCUCAAUUACUACUAUUCAUGGUUCAAAGUCUGGUCAUAUCAGAUAGAUGCAAAGACAGAUCAUCGGUUUUCAGAGAAGUGACAGGAUUCUCAAAUAAAAGCGAUCUCAGCCAGCCGUAACAGCAGUCGAGAUACGUUUGCCAUGCGAACGAAAAACCGUACAUUCAUUGCUUUUAUCAAUGUUCAUUCAAUGUUAUUAUUUCACAAAGCCUACUCAAUUUAACCAUAAAUUGUUUGUGGGUUCUAAUACCCAUUUAUUUUUUUAAACAGAGACCCGUAAUAAUUUGAUUUAUAAGGAGAUCUGUUAACAAAAAUUCAUCUUAAAAGACAAUUAAAUUACCAUUUAUUUAUGAUCCGUUUGUUUUUAUGACAUUUUGGUGUUUCAAACAAGUCAUUUGGAUCAGUACUUUCUCUUGUGGUGAGUCUUUUCUGGAAAGCAUCUCCUGAAAUCUACUUUACCGUUUCUGGAUGUGUAUGCUUAGUUAGUAAGUGAUAUAUUUUGCAAUCAUAGAAAUGUCAAAUUUUAAACUUCAUGAUAGAAAUACUCAACGAAGCUCAAAUAAUUAAACUGAUCAAUAAAUCCUCCAAAAUUUUGAGUGUUGAGAUUUAUAUAAUCAGAUCAUUUUGGCCACAAGGUGAUAUCAGAUGGAGAAUCAUCAUAAAAUCAGGUUGCCUUAGAUGUCUAAAACCAGAUUGCGGAUAUUUAACAGUGCGGCCCUUUAACCUUAUGCUUCAUUAAACCCUGAGUCUUUAUUAUUUAUCAGUUAGUGGUCCAGAAAUAUCGUAAUGUCAACAGAAUCUGGUGAUGACGAUUUUAUUUCCGUGAGUAGUUCAUACUGAAUGAAACGCCUGUUUUGUGCUGGUUAAUUUUUAAUGGUUUUCAAGCAAUAUUUUCACUGGAAAAAAAUAGUCGUCAUUUAACUAGCUUCAACCAAACUAAAGAUAGAGAAGAUUUUCGGGCCCGAUUACACAUAAAACAGAAUUUAAUAUUUGAUUCUUUUAAAAUUUUUCAGUUACAUCAACUAUUUUAUCAAUCACUUACUACAAUUUAAGUCUUUAUAAUUAGAAUAGUUGAUAAGAUGUUCAUUGAUUAAUGAUAUGAAACAAUAAAAUGUGAUUAAGUGAUCAACAGUCAGGAAAUUAAAUCGACUGAUUUAUUGCACAUGUUGAACGUUAAUUAAAUGAUUGACAAUAAUGGAAAACAACAUCUAUGUUUUAAUAUAUCUAUGUAUUGCACUGUCUCUUUUCAUAUUUUAUGAGAAAAAUGUGAAUUACGUAAAAAUAAGGUAAUCAAAACUAGAAUUAUUGUAUAAGAUCAAGAGUGAUUAGUCUGGUGAUCUGUUUUAUUUUACAAUAGACAGGAUAAUUUUCCUCCCAUUAUAUAGCGAUUUGAUUAUGAAAUAUGAUUUCAUUAGUUGGCUGACUAUUCAAAUUGAAAUAUUUUUUUUAAUUUUUUGGGAUUGUGAACAUGUUAAUUUAUGAAAUUUUACAGCAAACGAAUACUGAUAUCAAAUUUGCUUAGAGUGAUCUAUGGAACGUGACAAAGCAGAUAUUAUGUUUAGUGUUUAACAUUGGUUGGAUACAAGCAUUAGUUUAACGAAGCAAAAGUUCAGAAUUAUUAAACACCUUACAAAGUUGUUUCAGUUACUUAGUAUCAUUUGUGAAAUAUUCUGACUUAUUUAUCCUUCGUGAAUUGUACUAAAAUACUGUGAUAAAUUACAGCUUCAUAACGUUAUUGUUAGUUAAAAUCAACAUAUAUGUAUGUACUAAUCAAUAGUUUCCAUGCCAUAUCUGUAAAGGAACAGUUUUUUGUUGAAAUUAAAUAAAGAACUUAACAUCAGAUUAUCAAAUAGGAUUUCAGCGCCAUUAAUUUCUGUUUGUUAAUUAGUAGCUAAAAUAAUUUAUUUACAUAUAUGGCUAUAUAUCACAUAUUCUAUAUAUUUUAUUUCAGCUUUUGCCUUAGCCAUAUGGCUUGAUGACAGAAAUUUACCUAGACGUUUACGUUUCAUGGAUUGGUUCUCAAAUCAAUGUUUAUCCAGUCGAGUAUCUAACCAACUAACAGUUAACACAAGUGAAGAUUUAUGAACUAGACAGAACCAAUAAACACUACUUAUUUUUAAGACUUUUAUGAUAAUGAAACACUCAAAAACCCUGUUUCUUUUUCUGCUUUUAUUUAUAAUAGUUAUUUUUAGUGAUGAUUUUUUUCUUGAAAUCAUUAGUACGCAUAACGCAGCAAAUAAACAAUUUCAGAAUUUUUUUAUUUCAAUGUACUUUAUUCAUUUUUGCUGUCUAUUUUACUCAAAAAUAUUCGUAUAUUCAAAUCUGGAAAUCUUUUUGGGAGGUAAAAGCACGAUCAAAAUAAAAAUGUUUCGGUAACGAA